CCUCUAUAAUAUAGAGUCUAUAUAUACAUCGCCUUCGCUCCUUUCCCUCUCCUCCAUUGGCUUCAAACAAAUUCUCUCACAAUUCCAGCAUAUUCAAAAAUCCAAAAAAAAAAAAAGAAGAAGGAAAAACCCUGAAUCUCUACAACAACAACAAUAAUGGGUGAAAAGAAGGAAGAAGCAGCGACGAAGCCCGAGGGAGAGAAGAAGCCGGCCGAAGUCUCGCCGGAUAAGAAGGAAGGCGGUGGCGGUGGCGGCGGAGGAGGAGCCGCCGUCGUGCUAAAGCUUGAAUUGCACUGCGAAGGCUGCGGCAAGAAAAUCAAACGCAUCUUCAAGCACUACAAAGGUGUUGAUGAUGUGAAGAUAGACUAUGGGGCCAACAGAUUGACGGUGAUCGGAGAUGUUGAUCCGGCGAAAAUCAGAGACAGAGUGGCCGAGAAGACGAAGAGAAAAGUAGAACUCGUGUCCCCUGCGCCGAAGAAAGACGGCGGCGGAGGCGAGAAGAAGCCGGCCGACGAGAAUUCCGGUGAGAAAAAAGAGGGGAAAAAGGAGGAAGACGAGAAGAAACCUCCUGCUCCACCAAAAGAGGCGACGGUGGUUUUCAAGACGAGGUUACAUUGCGAAGGUUGCAUACACAAGAUCAGAAGGAUAAUAUUAAAAAUUAAAGGGGUCGAAUCGGUCUCCAUCGACGGCGACAAGGAGCUCGUGACGGUGAAAGGAACAAUGGACGUCAAGGAGCUCACUCCUUACCUCAACGAGAAGCUCAAGCGCACUGUCGAAAUUGUCCCUCCUCCCAAAAACGCCGACACAAACGCAAACGAAAACGCUGAAAAGAAGGGCAAGGAUUCAGCAGGGGAGAAGAAACCCAAGGAGGAGGGUUCCGGUGAGAAGAAAGAGAGUCCCGGCAACAGCGCCGGCGGCGGAGUAGACGACAAGAAGGACAAGGAGAGUUCCGGCGGCGGAGCAGGCGACAAGAAGGACAAGGAGAGUUCCGGCGGCGGAGCAGGCGACAAGAAGGACAAGGAGAGUUCCGGCGGUGGUGCGGCGGUUGAGGUGAAGAAGAUGGAGUACCACGGGUACGCAUACCCGACGCAGCCGAUGUAUUGGUAUCCACCAGGAGGACACGUGUACGGUCAGAAUUACGCGCCACAGGUGUACGUACACGAACCGUAUAACGCGAACCAAGGGUACGUACAGGGACCGUAUAAUACGAACCAAGGGUACGUGGGGGGAGGGUAUGUGAUGGACCCUUACGCACAUCUACGAGCACCUCAGAUGUUCAGUGACGAGAAUCCAAAUGGGUGUUCCAUCGUGUGAAAAGUGAAAACAUAAAAAUUAGCGAGAUAUGUACUGUGAUUGUGAAUAGGUAAGAAAAUAUAGUGAAAUACACGAACCAUCUCGGACUUUGUUCACGAAAUUACCUCGCAUCUUCUAAACCGGCCGGUUUAGGUUGGUUUACUUUUUCGUUUAUUAUUUUUAGAUAGUGUUAUAUGAAGCUUAGUUUAUAGUUUAUAAUUUGGUUGUACACUUUUUGGUGUUUAAUUGCGCGUUGUUUGUAAACGUUUGAGAUAUCAUAAUUGAAAUAUCCCUUUUUAUGAGUGUA